AUGCUGGCUACUACGGUCUUCUACACUGGCUACACGGCUUAUCUCACAUCGCACUCCACCAGAGGUACUAUUGAACAAAAUUCAGCGAUCACUUGGUCCAUAGGCAACCUAUGCCUUCUCUUCGGCGGAGCUGUGCUGUUAAUCGUUUCUGUCUUGAAUGACUCCAAACUAGAACUUGUCAAUGGAAACUCAACAGAAGUCCACGAGUCCGUGAAUUCGCGUCAAUUCAAUGACAGCGACAUAUUUUGGAUGUAUACCAGCUUUGCUGCGGUAACAGUGUGCUCAAAUGUAAUAUUCUUCCUCAUCCCGGCCCGAGAUAUAGAUGGCUGUAUUGAAGGAGGCCGUCCGCAGUCGACUUUACCGUUCCGAAAGGAAAUGCAAAGGAUGUUCACAUCUUUUACUGAGGUGAACAUGUUGCUUUUAAUGCCGCUAUUCGUCCACAUUGGAAUAAUUACCGCCUUCUGGUUGGCUGUCUAUCCAACUACAUUCCUAUUUACGAAAUCUCUUGCCGUCUACAAGUACCUACCGGCCUACUAUAGCGCCUGUGCCGGUUUGGGAGAAAUCGCA